AUGGCGGAGCGGGCUCGGGGCCGCCGCCCGCCGGGCUCAGAAGCGCGGCCCGUAGGCUGCAGCGAGGGCGAGUGGAGCGCACGGAGGGGUGUGGGACACGGGGCCCGGACCUGUUUCCGUUCCCGGGGGCUGCAGACGCGCGCGGUGCUCGGGACUCUCAGCCGGUUCCUCCGCUUCGGGAGGGCGCCGCCAAGCUGCCCUGGAACGGGUGGGGGAGGAGAAACAAGAUCCCGAGCUGUCGUCUUGAUGCCUCGCAGACAGACGCGGUGGUACCUUGUUCUUAACCCCUCGGCCUUUGUUGCGAUUCGGGAUGGGCAGACACCAGUAGGCCGUGUAGGAAAAUGCUGGGCUGGCGGUGGCGGGGUUGAGGGUGUUGACUCCUGCGCUUCCCUGUUGCAGCAGGAUCAAGGUGAGAAGGAGAACCCCAUGCGGGAGCUUCGCAUCCGCAAGCUCUGCCUCAACAUCUGCGUGGGGGAGAGUGGGGACAGACUGACGCGGGCAGCCAAGGUGCUGGAGCAGCUCACCGGCCAGACCCCGGUGUUCUCCAAGGCCAGAUACACCGUCAGAUCCUUUGGCAUCAGGAGAAAUGAAAAGAUUGCCGUCCACUGCACAGUCCGUGGGGCCAAGGCAGAGGAAAUCUUGGAGAAAGGUCUAAAGGUGCGAGAGUAUGAGUUAAGAAAAAAUAACUUCUCAGAUACUGGAAACUUUGGUUUUGGAAUUCAAGAACACAUCGAUCUGGGGAUCAAAUAUGACCCGAGCAUUGGUAUCUACGGCCUGGACUUCUACGUGGUGCUGGGUAGGCCAGGUUUCAGCAUCGCAGACAAGAAGCGCAGGACAGGCUGCAUUGGGGCCAAACACAGAAUCAGCAAAGAGGAGGCCAUGCGCUGGUUCCAACAGAAGUAUGAUGGGAUCAUCCUUCCUGGCAAAUAAAUUCCCGUUUCUAUCCAAAAGGCCAAUAAAAAGUUUUCAGUGAAAUGUA